AGAACACAAAAAAAAAACAGGCGGACAACAAAAGCGUCUGUUGAAAAAUAGUACUACUGUAUAAUACAAGCGUGGAAACAGAACCUGGUUUUUUUUCGCGGAACCAGGAAGCUUUUUUUUUUUUUCCUCUGCAAAACUGCACCACCACCAUCAAAUACCGAGUCGUCGCCCCGCAACCUGUCCGUUGUCAUCCGGGCACCACACUGAGAAACAGGAAAAAAAGAAAUAAAUAAAAGGGGGGUAAUUUACACAUCACCCGCAGAACAGGAAAAAAACAAAACAGGAACGAAAGAAAGAAAGAAAGAAAGAAGCGUUAUCGCUUCCGAGAGGAAAAUAACCAGAAGUGAGCCGUGUGUGUGUGAGUUGGCCUGUUGGGUACCAUCAUCGUCAUAAGCAUGAAGUUCCAGUGGAUCGCGAACCGGAGUGGGUCUGGCGGGCGCCGGUCCCUGCACCAGAGCCAGUCGUUGUGCUUCUCUGGGCCCAGACAGGCGGGUUGCAGUUCUCCUCUCGUGUCUAGUGCCGUGCGGGACACUCAUUCUUCGGGCAGAAUCAGAUCCGCUGUUUCUGCAAAUUGCGCAUCUCCUCCUUCUGCCAAUUGUGGUAGUGGUGGUGGUUCUUCGACGGGCAUCGCGACGUCUUCUGCUGGUCCCACGCAUCACUCGUGCUGUGGUACAGGUGCCAUGGGUUACAAGACCCGGGCUCGACAUCCAUCUGUUCGCAUUGGAAGCGACAUGAAGUUCCAGUGGAUCGCGAACCGGAGUGGGUCUGGCGGGCGCCGGUCCCUGCACCAGAGCCAGUCGUUGUGCUUCUCUGGGCCCAGACAGGCGGGUUGCAGUUCUCCUCUCGUGUCUAGUGCCGUGCGGGACACUCAUUCUUCGGGCAGAAUCAGAUCCGCUGUUUCUGCAAAUUGCGCAUCUCCUCCUUCUGCCAAUUGUGGUAGUGGUGGUGGUUCUUCGACGGGCAUCGCGACGUCUUCUGCUGGUCCCACGCAUCACUCGUGCUGUGGUACAGGUGCCAUGGGUUACAAGACCCGGGCUCGACAUCCAUCUGUUCGCAUUGGAGAAAGAGUCAACUAUGUCAACACUCCACAUGUGAUAUGCAUGGUUGGAUUGCCUGCGAGAGGGAAAACUUACAUUGCCUCCAAAUUGACCCGUUAUUUGAACUGGAUUGGAAUCAACACCAGAAUUUUCAAUGUGGGCCAGUAUAGAAGGAAGAUGACCAACGAUUUUCAAUCUCACGACUUCUUCCGUUCUGAUAAUGCUGAGGCCAUGGCCAUGCGAGCCCGUUGUGCCAUGGACUGCAUGCAAGACGUGUGCAACUGGCUCGAGAAUGACGGCGGCGAAGUUGCGGUCUUCGAUGCAACCAAUUCGACUCGAGAACGUCGCCAGACAAUAUAUGACGUCAUUGUGACCAAAAUGGGCUACAAAUUGUUUUUUGUUGAAUCCUUGUGUGACGACCCCGAGAUCAUCGAGGCGAACAUUCGAGAAGUUAAAGUUCAUGGACCGGAUUACGAAGUGAUCAAUAACAAGGACGAGGCUUUGGCCGAUUUUCUGCUGCGUAUCAAACAUUAUCAGGACAGUUAUCAGACUAUGGACGAGGCGGAAGAGAAGCACUUGUCCUUUCUCAAAAUCAUCAACACUGGGCACAAAAUCGUGGUGCAUCGACACGAGGGCCACAUUCAAAGUCGGGUUGUCUACUACUUGAUGAACAUUCAUGUGGCACCCAGGUCUAUUUACUUGACGAGGGUGAGUCAUGAAGUUUCAUUU